AUGGCGGAGAGUGCAGCACGAAAAACCUUCGAGAAGCCGGACUCAGGAUUCAGUUAUAUGGCCUCGUAUAUGUGUAGAGAUGCGGUUCACCAGGUGUGGCUCAUGCUCAUCUGCAAGAAUCCGAAACCGUGCCACGUAAUCCGACUGGAUUAUACCUUCAAAGCAGAACAGUAUGAAUCUGCAAGGAUCAUGCAGGCAGCGACCUCUCUGCUUCUCCUGCAUUGGAUGCUACAGACCGGAUCCUGCACCACGAGGCUGAGAGACCACGGCUACGAAAAUGUGAUCGUCGCAGUUCACCCCAAGGUGCCGGAAAAUCCCCAAAUCCUAUCAGCGAUUAAGGAUAUGGUUUCUGAAGCCUCAUUUUAUCUCUUCAACUCCACUAAGAGGAGAUUCUAUUACAGAGAGGUGAAGAUUCUUCUACCAAGUACAUGGAAAUCCUUCCGAUUCCCAAGACCUCGAUAUGAAGCCCAUCAAGAGGCGAGUGUGAUCAUCAGCAGCCCCAACCUGGAUUACGGGAACGAUCCGCACACCGUACAUUAUAAAGGAUGCGGAAACAAAGGCAAAUACAUUCAUUUUACACCUGAAUUUCUGACAGAUGACAGCCUAAUUCCAGUCUAUGGGCCGAGAGGGAAGGCGUUCCUCCAUGAGUGGGCCCAUUUUCGGUGGGGCGUCUUCGAUGAGUACAGCGAUGAGGAGCCCUUCUUCGUUUCGGUCGACAAUAAAAUUAAAGCAACGCGGUGUUCCUCCGAGACGGUGGGUAUGUAUAUUUGUAAGGAACGCUCCUGUUCUGAUGGAGAAUGCAUCAUUGGCCCCCAGACUGGGAAUUUCGAGGAAGGUUGUAUGUUCUUAGUAAACAGCACGCAAAACGUGUCGGCAUCGAUCAUGUACAUGCAGUCCUUACCGUCCAUUGUGGAGUUUUGUUCUGAACAUGACCACGAUAAGGAAGCACCAAAUAUGCAGAACAGAAUGUGCAGCUACCGCAGCACCUGGGAUGUUAUUAAAGGUUCGGAUGACUAUAAAUCCACAGGACCAAUGCCAGGCACCAAUCUCCCACCUCCUCCUUCGUUUUUACUGCUACAGUCCAGGGCGAGAGUGAUUUGUCUGGUUCUGGAUGUCUCUGACAAUAUGGCCACGGGUCAGCGAUUCCACCAGCUACGUCAAGCAGCGGCCAUCUUCAUCCAACAGUUGGUUGAGCCGGGCUCUUAUGUAGGCAUCGUCACAUUCAGCGAAACAGCAGAAGUGAGAAGUCCCUUACGCCAGAUGGUCAACGAUGAUGUACGGUGGAAUCUCACGUCAAGUCUUCCGAAGACACUUGGCGGGGGUUUGUCUAUCUGUGAAGGCAUCUCAGCUGGUUUGCAGGUGAUUAAAGGUCUUGAUGGAAAUACAGAAGGUUCUGAAAUUAUCCUGGCCGUAAGUGGAAGGGACACAGAGCUGCAUACGUGUUUAUCAGCGGUUUCAGCAAGCGGAGCGGUUAUUCACACCAUUGCUGUUGGAGCCAAUUCUGAUCUCGAGCUGGAAUCCUUAGCGAAGAGCACCGGAGGAAAAAUGUUCUUCGCCUCAGACAGAAAUUAUUCGGACCAUCUGAUUGGAGCUUUUACCGAACUGUUUCCUAAAAACCAAGACACAUCGGAAACACUUAUAAAGAUAACAAGUGUCCAGAGACUUAUCCAGGCAGAGGGUCGUCUCUUUGGUUCAGUCAUUAUGGACAAGACUGUGGGGAAUCAUACAGUGUUCAGUAUUACCUGGCAGGCCGCCGAGCCACCUAAUGUCACCAUCCAGGACCCCUCAGGAUACACUUAUACCAAUGAAAAUCUUGACCACGACUUCAAAUCUCAACUAUCUUAUCUAAAGGUUCCAGGAACCUCACAGGUUGGCUCUUGGACAUAUAUCAUAGAAAACUUCUUAAACAUCAGCCAGGUUCUUGGCAUUCUGGUGAUCUCCAGACCAUCCUCAUAUACUGUGCCCCCUGUGACUAUGACCGGUGAAGCCAUUGAGGGAACGAUCACUUUUCCACAGCCGGUGACUGUCUUUGUGGAACUUAAGCAAGGACAUGCAGCAGUGCUGGGAGCGUACGUGACGGCGGUCAUUGAACCAGAAUCCAGAGAUCCCAUCAUUGUGACACUGAAUGAUAAUGGUGCAGGUGCUGACACUGUCAAGGAUGAUGGCAUAUAUUCCAGAUAUGUAUUUUGGUUCCCUACAAAUGGCAGAUAUGCAGUGAAUAUUGUUGCUUCAUGGACAAAUACUACUUUACUGGGGCAUGCACUAAACAACCGAGCCAUGUAUGUUCCGGGAUACAUAGAAAAUGGCACCAUCAAUAUGAAUCCUCCUAAACCAUUGUUCAGUAGUGAAGGACUGAGCUUCAAUGAACCAUUCAGCAGAAUUCACUUUCUUGGGAGUUUUACCGUAACUGAUGUCCCAGAGAACACAGAGGAGGAGGACGUUUUUCCUCCAUGUAAAAUAUUCGACCUUGAGGCAAGACUGGAGAAUGACCACGUGGUGCUAUCCUGGACAGCACCAGGGGAUGAUUAUGACCAAGGAUCUGCGUCCAGCUAUGACAUCAGGAUCGGCAGUAAUCCAUUGGAGUUACAACGAGAAUUUUCCAAGGCCUUGUCCAUCAAUGCUUCAUCUCUCCAACCGAAGAACGGCGGCAGCGUGGAAACCUUCACAUUCAGACUUCACAACGUGACGACCGGCAGCGGCAUCAUCACUUACAUCGCAAUCCGCUCGGUUGACAAAACCUUGCGACAAUCGGAAAUAUCCAACGUGGUUCACGUGACGAGGCGCGCGCUCCAGGAAGAAGACAUCAACUUCUCUUAUGCAUCGUCUGUCGCUAACGUUAAUACCACGACCGCCAUUGUUGUCUGUGUGACUGUAUUUUCUCUAUGUCUUAUAUUUGGCGCCGGCCUGUACUGCUGGAGGAAACACUUUGUGCGGGACUCGUAUAGACCAAUUCAGGAAACCAAAACCACUAGUGGGAGACAUGAUGAAGAACUGCCAUUGGGUGCGAGGUCCAAAGAUGAUAUUCCAGACGAUACUAUAAUUAUUCUAGAGGAAAGAGCAGAUUUGUAAAUAAAGUUGUAUGAUAUACCGUAUUUUUCGCCCUAUAGGACGCACCGGCAUAUAAGACGCACCCAAUUUUAAAGGUUACAAAAUCUAGAAAAAAAAAGAUUCUGAACCCAACAGUGAUCUUCAGCCUGCGGACCUCCAGAUGUUGCAAAACUACAACUACCAGCAUGCCCGGGCUGUCCGGGCUUGCUGGGAGUUGUAGUUUUGCAACAUCUGGAGGUCCUCGCGGUACUCGGGUGUCCCCGCAUCGGUACUCGCGUGUCCCCGCCGCUCCGGACCCAUCACCGCUGCCCUGGAUGUUGCCCUCCAUCGCUGUCGCUGCGUCCCCGUGGUGUCCCCGACGCUCCGGACGUCUUCUUCCCCGGGAUCCGCGCUCUCCAUCGCCGUCAUCACAUCGCCGCCAUCACGUCGCUACGCACGCCGCUCCUAUUGGAUGACGGGACGGCAUGCGCGAUGACGUGAUGGCGUCGAAGGAGAGCGCCGGCCAUGCAGGGGAUCCCUACACGGAGCAAACACCGAGGAGGCAGGUAAGGUCCCUCCCGGUGUCCUGUAAGCUGUCCGCGACACCGCGAUUUCACAGCGGCGGUCCCGAAACAGCCCGACUGAGCAGCCAGGUUAGUGUCACUUUCACUUCAGACGCGGCGGUCAGCUUUGAUCGCCGCAUCUGAAGGGUUAAUACAGGGCAUCACCACGAUCGGUGAUGUCCUGUAUUAGCCACGGGUCCCGGCCGUUGAUGGCCGCAGGGACCGCUGCGAUAGGUGUGUAUUCGCCGUAUAUGACGCACCAACUUCCCCCCCCCCCCCAGUUUUGGGGAAGAAAAAGUGCGUCUUAUAUGGCGAAAAAUACGGUAAGUGACCGGGGAGGGGCGGCAGACGUUAGAUCCCAUGUUUUCAUAAGCCAGAUAGAUUUUCGAGAAAGUCUCUGCAGGCAAUUCUUACAUACUAUGCGGGAAUCAUUUAUUUAUCAACUGAUGCACACCUGCAAAAUUGCGCGCACAGUGUUUUUUUUUUUUGCGCAUUGAUUUGCGCUGAAAUUAUUAUCUUAUUUUACGCUUUUUUAUGUUGUCUGCGCUGGCUUUGUCAUUUUUUUCUUCUGCACUUCCAGGAUGUGUGGUUAGCAGGUGCAUUGGUUGGUGUGCUGAACUUAUCACUUGCAUACAUUUUUUUUUGCCCGCAAAUGAACUCCAGUGACUGUCUGGCGUAGAAAUGUGUGUGAGCGUUUCACCCUUUAUUUGCACUAUCCAGGGGCUUCCUGUUUGCGCAAAUUUAUGAAGUGAUGUCUGCAAAUUUUUCCUCCCCCCUGUAUGUUCUUCUUUGCCACCAUCUCAGUGUUAUAUACCAACAUACAGUACAUUUUUCCCUCGACAUAAAUGUGUCCUGAGACACAUCCUUUAAUCUUUAGAUAUUUAUUAAUGAUUCAAAUUUCUUCCAUUCUAACACAUUUAUUAUUUGUAUAAACAUUCUUAAAUAAUGGGCCUCAUUUACUAAGAGUGUCCAGUUUUUACUAGUGGGAAAUGUUGCUCCAGACUUGCAGGAUUCCGCUCUAUUUACUAUGGGGAAAAGUCAGGAAAAUUUUCUCACCAUCUUUUUCUAGGUGGAAAUUUCCAGCCAUUUAUCCACAGGAUUUUCUGUGAAUUCAAUAGUAAAUAGGUCCGGUUGUGAAACAACGCCCCUUUUUGGCCCGGCCAUAACAACUUGCAACAGACCACGCCCCCUUUUCAGCUUUUCACAAUGCAAUGUCGGGUUUGUCGUUUUUUCUUGGCGCACACUGGCGCAGACAUGUUGCAGACACUCUGCGCCAAAAUAACUUGAUAAAAAACUGGUCGGUUUCAGCUUAGUAAAUGAGGCCCAAUAUGUGUAUAUUGUGCUUAUCUCGCUUUCUGUGUAAUUCAUAUUUCUACGAAUGUUUACUACAUUUCCCUGAAAUAGAAUAUCCUGUAAUUCUUACGCCCCAGAGAUCCUCAAUUACCCUCUGCUUAGCAAAACUAGUCUUGUAUUAUGAGGACAUCUAGUGGCCAAAAUAAUAAAUUACACUGACCCUUGUAUUCCCCGCUUAUAAGCUAAAUUCUGUGCUUAGUGAAAAGGUUGACCCUCGUUCCUUUAUGUUAUUUAAUAAAGUAUUAAUAAAGUGGAAGUCCAGCAUUGAUCUCUCUACUGUCCUGCAAAGGUGUGUUCGGAAAGACCCAGCACACGCUGGGUGGAAGAGUUGCCGAGGCAUAUGACGCCCGGUGAGUCCCUGCUGGGCAUAAUACGGUUACCAUGGCAACUGUACAGCCCAGUGUGAGCCGUGUCUCUCCGCACCAAUCUUUGCAGAACAGGUGGGAGACCAACAUUUGAUUAACACUUUGCUAAAGUGUUAAAUAGUGCACGGCCCGGCAAUCGUCCUUGAAAAUUAUGUUACAUUAUUCUACAUAACGCUGAGAAGUUACAUAUUUACUUUUGCACUGAUGUAAAUACAUUUGUGACUUUAAAUUGUAUUUUAGAUACUGUAUUGUCCGGCAUAUAAAACCCAGGAAAAUGUUCUCAAAAGUUGGGGGUCCUCUUGUACGGUUGCUGCAGUCGACCAGGAUGCCUGGGGUAUGGAUUAUCCAUACCCCGGGCGUCCUGGCCGAGAUUAAUUUACCCUGUCACAUUCGGGACAUCCCUGUGUCCCGAAAGAUCUUUUCGGGACACAAGGAUGUCCCUGUUACCUUUCUGCGGCCCCGCGUUAACUUUAAAAACGCAGGGGUUGCCGGGAGGUAGUGCACGCAGGGACGUCACUGACGUCCCUUGCGUGCGCCCAUAGAAACAGAUCAGAGUGAAGCGGGGCAGCGAGGAGGCGGAUGCGCGCAUGGUAAGUUACCAGCGGCACGUCAUCUUCGGUGCACCGACCACCGCUCUUCUGGUCCCAAGACCUACUGCUAAUGUGG